CAUCGAAAAAUAUUACCUUGGAGCAGUUGCAGACCGCCUUUGCGGAAAUGGAAAGGAACAAUGAGGCAACUAACGCAGAAGCUACUCCAAAUAUUGAUAUGAAAGGAAUGAUGCGGGAACAAUUUAUGCAGGUUGUUGAGGCAUGUAGCCUAUAUAAUAAAGAGAUAAUUGCCUAUAAUACUAAAGUUGUUCUAAACGUGUCUCAAUCCGCACUCAAAGCUGAACGAUCCAAAAUAGCGUAUUUGAGAUGCAUGUUUGAGAAAAUAUUUGGUUCAGUGUUCCAAGACUUGUCUAGAUCACUGAAAUUAGACGAAAAUAGUCUUACUCCAGAAGUAUCAGAAACCAGCCCCAGGAAUGUUAAUGUUCGCAAACGCAGAAGUUCUGUGCCUGCCGUUCCUCUACACGAUGACACGGAUAGCGGGGAUAUGGCAAAUGCAACAGAUUCUCAAAGUGGUCCGGUGGUGAAGAAGCCAACAUUACGUGCACAACGCAUAAGUCCGAGAGCAUCAUCCGCGACCCUGGUAACUUACAACAACGAACCCCAUUAUACACAAACAACUAAAGUCGUACAGUUGGAGACAAGCUACUCCAAUUCACACCCUUCACAGCAUAUGGAGUACAUAAACCAUCAAAAUCCGUGCCCUCAACCAUAUCACGUGCAAGGUGAAAUUCCAGUGGAAACUCCAAUGCCAUAUUACAACGCAGGUGCAAGAAUGAUGAUGCAACCGUAUCCGCAGGUGCAGUUCAUGCGUGAACCACCGCUCCAUUGCCAAUAUCAUGAUAAUGUAGGAAAUUCUUGGAACUACCCCCGUAACGGUCCAGAAGUUAGACAGAAUGUUCAAGUUCCUUAUGUAAAUGGCGUGCCGCUGUCCGUUCAGGUUAUGCCUCCAGCUGACCAACAGAGAUACCUCCGCAUGCAGGUACAAAGGAAUAAUAUGCGCAUGCCUAACUACACGGGCCCUCGGAAUCAAAAUGUUGGGCCAAACAGCCACAACAUUAUGUAAACUAGCAGUUAGUUUUCGUCUUCUAACAUUAGAGUGUAGCUGAUAAGCGCGGGACUUCAGUGUGAUAUUGAGUAGAUUUAUCUAGAAACUUCGAACAUCGAAGUGUUUCUCAGAUAAUAGUAUGCUUUGUAGUGCAUCAUAUGGAAAUAAUUCAAUUUAGGAAAUAUAAUUAUUCUGGUAAACAAAGGGGCUUUUGAGUAUUUGUUUCUGUUGGCGCCCAGCGUGGGACGAAUAGGGACCGAGGUGUCCGGUCAAAUAAUAUAUAUAUAAUAUGAUGACUCGGAAGCAAGACCAUCACAUGAUAAUCGGCAUUUAUGGGUGAUACCCGCGUGAGAUCAACUUUUCUGAAAUCUACACGAUACAGAAAUACAGACGCGGCAUACUCGUAAGGUGCGUAUACAUAUAUUUAUUUUAUUUAUAUAUAUAUAUUUCGUCCAAAAUACAGAAAAUAAAU